GGAGGGGGAUGCGGAGCAGCAGGCAUUCCAGUUUGAAACAGAGGGAUUUUAUUCCCGCGGAAGGCACUGGCCAUUCUGUGUUCACCAGUGCUACAGCAAGGUCAGCUCAUCCCUUCUGGAGAAGGUUCUGCUGGAAACCAGGGUGUGCCCAUCUCAGAGUAUCACUCCGUAUGCAAGUGGAGUCAAGGGCACCAACCCAGGUCCCACACAGCUCCAUGGGGUGGAUGGGGGCAGGGUUCCAGGUCCCCCUCAUCCCAGGCUCCUGGGCAAGUUGGUGUGUCAUCACAGACUUGGUCACCACAUCUCUGCUACGCUUGGACCAAAGUCCCAGGGCAGCAGGUGAAGUCUCUCCAGGUACAGAGAACUUCAGCCUGAGGACCAGGAUGGCCUGCGGUGAUACCAACCCCACAGCUCUGGCUCACAGACGAAGAUUUCGACAUUCCCAGCAGCUUCCACAAGAUGGACCUCGGAGCGAGAGGAGGUGCCGGGUAAGGGGACCCGUCCCGUCCCAUCCCACCCUGUCCCGUCCCAUCCCAUCCCGUCCUGCCUGCUCCCGCCUUGCCAUCGGGAGGAGGCUCAGAGUCCAGCCAGGCGAGCCCCGGCAUGGCACGGCCUCCCGGGCUCUGCCUGCUGGCCCUGCUGGGGCUGGGGCUGGGGGCGGGGGGCUCGCCCGCCUGCUGGGACCCCCGGGGGCAGCCCCGCCGCUGCAUGCCCGUCUUCGAGAACGCCGCCUUCGGCCGGGCCGCCCGGGCCACCAACACGUGCGGGUCGCCCCCGGAGGACUAUUGCCUGCAGAUGGGCACCCGCCACGACAGCGCCCUGUGCCAUCGCUGCGAUGCCGCCGACCCCCGGCUCCACCACAACGCCUCCUUCCUCACCGACUUCCACAGCCAGGAGGAGAGCACCUGGUGGCAGAGCCAGUCCAUGGCCUUCGGUAUCCAGCACCCCAACUCCGUCAACAUCACCCUCCACCUCGGCAAAGCCUACGAGAUCACCUACGUGCGGCUGAAGUUUCACACCAGCCGCCCUGAGAGCUUCGCCAUCUACAAGCGCAGCCACGCCGAGGGGCCCUGGGUGCCCUUCCAGUACUACAGUGCAUCCUGCGAGAAGACCUACGGGAAGCGGCCGCGGCAGUACCUGAGGCCGGGGGAGGACGAGCAGGUGGCCUUCUGCACUGAUGAGUUCAGCGACAUCUCCCCGCUGAGCGGGGGCAACGUGGCCUUCUCCACCCUCGAGGGACGGCCCAGCGCCUACAACUUCGAUGGGAGCCCCGCGCUGCAGGAGUGGGUGACAGUCACUGACCUGCUUAUCUCCUUGAACCGGCUCAACACAUUUGGGGAUGACAUCUUCAAGGACCCCAAGGUGCUGCAGUCAUACUACUACGCUAUCUCUGACUUCUCAGUCGGUGGCAGGUGCAAAUGCAAUGGCCACGCCAGCGAGUGCGCGCCGGACGAGGCCGGGCAGCUGGUCUGUGUGUGCCAGCACCACACGGCCGGCGUGGACUGCGAGCGCUGCCAGCCCUUCUACCAGGACCGGCCCUGGGCGCGCGGCACCGCCGAGGCUGCCAACGAGUGUCUCCCUUGCAACUGCAGCGGCCGCUCCGAGGAGUGUUUCUACGACCGGGAGCUGUACCGGCGCAGCGGGCACGGCGGGCACUGCCGCCACUGCCGCGACAACACGGCCGGGCCCCACUGCGAGCGCUGCCGGCAGAACCACUACCGCUGGGAGCCACAGGCAGCCUGCCAGCCCUGCCACUGCCACCCCGCAGGCUCCCUGCAGCCCCAGUGUGACAACUCGGGGACCUGCCUCUGCAAAGCCAACGUGACGGGCUGGAAGUGUGAGCGCUGCAAGGACGGCUACCACAGCCUCAGUGAAGGUGGCUGCAGACCUUGCACCUGUGACCCAGCGGGCAGCGUUGGGACCUGCGACCAAAACACAGGGCACUGCACCUGCAAGGAGAGGGUGGAGGGGCACUUGUGCAACAGGUGCCAGCCAGGCUGGUUUAAUCUGCAGCCCCACAACCCCAUUGGUUGCACCAGCUGUUUCUGCUACAGCCACUCCACCGCUUGCACAGCAGCCGAUGGAUACGAGGAGACUCACAUCCGCUCCGACUUCAGCCACGGGCUGGAGGGCUGGGCUGCCACAGCUCCAGGCACCACAGACCUGCCCCUGCGCUGGGCUAGCGAGGAGAUCUUCACCGAGUGGGAUGGAGAGGGGCCGGUGGAUUUUCGUGCACCAGAGAAGUUUCUGCAGAACCAGCGCCUCAGUUAUGGGCAGCUCCUGUCCCUGCUGUUGGGAGUGGAGAACAGGACAGGGACAGAGCUCGGGAUGUCUCUGCUCCAAGUCCAGCUGGUUCUGGAGGGUGAGGGGAUGGAGAUCACCAUACCCAGCAGCAAGAGUCAGCCCCAGCGUGGAAAGCAAGCUGUCACCUUCAGGCUGCACGAGGCAGAGGAGGGUGCAGAGCCUUUGCUGUCAGCCUUCAGCUUCCAGCGCCUGCUCUCCAACCUGACCACCCUCCGGCUCCGUGUGAGCCGCGGCCCCGUGCGAGGCAGGCUGUCCCUGAGCGAGGUCCAGCUCACAUCUGCCAGCCCUGGGCUGGGGACACGGGCGGGCUGGGUGGAGGAGUGCACGUGUCCCACGGGCUAUGCCGGGCAGUUCUGCCAGUCCUGCGCACCCGGAUUCAAGCGGGAGAUCCCCUUUGGAGGCCCCUUCGUCAGCUGCGUGCCCUGCGCCUGCAACCAGCACGGGGACUGUCACCCCCUCACAGGGCACUGCCAGUGCUUGCACAACACAGAGGGUCCCUCCUGCGAGCGCUGCAGCCCCGGGUUCUAUGGCAACCCCUUCGUAGGGCGCUUUGAUGACUGCAAGCCGUGCCCCUGCCCCGGAGGUUCACCCUGCACCGAGGUGCCCAGCAGUGGGGAGGUGGUCUGCACCCACUGCCCCCCAGGGCAGAGAGGGAAACGCUGUGAGCUCUGUGAUGACGGGUUUUUCGGGGACCCCCUGGGGCAGAGGGGGCCUGUGCAUCCCUGUGAACCCUGCCAGUGUCAUGGGAACGUGGAUCUGAAUGCCGUGGGGAACUGUAACCCCGUGUCUGGCCGCUGCCUGCGCUGUGUGUACAACACGAUGGGCGAGCACUGCGAGAGGUGUCAGCCAGGUUUCUACGGGGACGCGCUGGCUCCCAGCCCUGCUGGGAAGUGUGCACCUUGUGAUUGCAACCCCAGCGGCUCAGACCCGGGUCUGGAGGGCUGUGAUCCUGUCACGGGCCAGUGCCACUGCCUCCCACACGUGACGGGCAGAGCCUGCGGGCACUGCCAGCCUGGCUACUACGGCCUGGAGCCUGCCAUGGGGUGCAAGAGCUGUGAGUGCCACCCGACAGGGUCGCGUGACAGCGAGUGCCACGCAGUGACGGGGCAGUGCUCCUGCCAGCCAGGUGUCACGGGGAGGCAAUGUGACCGCUGCCACCACGGCUUCUUUGGCUUCUCUGCCAGGGGCUGCCGAGCCUGCAACUGCUCCCCACUGGGCUCCGUGACCCCGCAGUGCCACGAGAACAGCACCUGCCUCUGCCACCCUGGCUUUGUGGGCUACAAGUGCGACCGGUGCCAGGCCAACUUCUUCCUCGACCCCCUGAGCUCCCACUGCCAGCAGUGUCCUGCCUGCUACGGGCUAGUGAAGGACAAGGCUGACCAGCUGAAGGCCAGGCUGCAGGAGAUGGAGGAAUGGCUGCAGAAACCAGGCUGUAAUGCCCACCCAGGCCAGUCUCUCAUGCUGGGGGAUGCACCCCGGGGAGAUGGGCUGCCCAGCCCACACCUCCUGCAAGGUGCCUGGGCCACCCUGUUGGCACAGCUGGGGCAGCUGGCAGGGGCUCUGAACACCGCACGAGGCCGUCUCACCAACGCCAGCCAGGCCACCAGCUGCUCUGGCCACGGAUCUGCCAAGACCUGCAUCCUGCUGUCAGAGAUCGGGGCCGUGCUGCAGUCGGCACAGCAGGAGAUCCUGAAUGCUGCAGACACCCUGGCUACCACGGAGAUUCCCCAGGAAAUCCCUCAGCAGCCCACAAACUGGAGCCACUGGGCACUGGAGGCACGGGCUCUGUCCCAGAGCCACGAGGGCGCUGUUGCAGAGGUGGAAGCAGUGGUCGGGAGAGCGCUGCGUGCCUCCAACGCCAGCUCCGAGCUCCUGCGGAGUCUGCUGGAAGGGAAUGCGACGCGGGACGCGCAGCGUGAGCUGGAGGCUGGGUACGAGGAGAUCCAACGGGCCCAGGAGGAGCUGGGUGUGGGCAUGGAAGAGGCGAGGAGAGCUUUGGCAGCCAUGCAACAGGCAAACGCAGACAUGGCCAAGAAACUUCUGCAGGUGGCUGCUCUGGGGCAGCAGGUACUGCCAGUGCAAGCUGGAGCCCUGGCACAGGACCUGGCAGUGCUGGAGCAGGCAGCAGCAGCCCAGGAGCUGUUGGCUCAGCAGGCUGUUGAGACAUCCCGCACACUGGCAGCUGGAUUGCGCCUGGAGCUGCAGAGGACUGAUGGCUUUGAGCAGCUGCGGGACCGGGCUGGCUCUGCCCGUGACACGGCCACCUCGGCUGUCUCACAUGGAAAAGCUGUGCACUCUGAUGCCAAGUCCCUCCUGGCCAGCUUGGAAGGCAUGAGGAAGAUGCUGCGGCAUCGGAAGGGCCCAGCUGCCCUGAGGAGGAGGAUGGCCACUGUGCGGAACAGGGUUUUGGGGGAUGCCCAGAGGAAGAUUAAACAGGCAGAGAAGACACUGGGAAACUCCUUGUCCCUCUCCAUCAGAGCCCAGAGGACAGCUGGAGAGGCUGAGAAAGUCUCUGAGGAGAGUGCCAAGAGGGCACGGGCUGUGCUGCAGGAGAGCAAACAGGCCCACAAGCACGCCAGACAGCUUGCCAGGCGUGCCAACGAGACCCAGCGGGAGCUAUCCCGACAGGAGCACAUGGCUGAGAAGCUCAGGGGAGACCUGGAGGAAGCACACCAGGUGGGGACAGAGGUGAGUGAGAUGGCAAAAAGUCUCCAGGAAGCCCGGGGCUCACUCAUGUCAGACAUCGAGACCCUGAACAACCUGCUGAGCAGCCUCGGAAACCUGGAGCAGGACAUGGAGGUGGAGGCGGUGCUGAGUGCCGGGCAAGUGCAGCUGGAGCGGCUGUGGCAGCGCCUGGCCACGCCAGGCUCCCUGGCCGGCCAGCUCAGCCGGCUGCAGCAGGAGGCAGCCCGGCAGCAGGAGAAGAUCCAAGCAUUCGAGAGUGACUUGGCUGAGAUCCGGGCCGACAAGCGGAACCUGGAGGAUAUUUUGCGGAGCCUCCCCGAGGGCUGCUCGAAGUGACCAGUUGCUGGCUGCUGCCCCAUCCCCUCUGUGCCCCCCUGCACAGGGAAAGGCAGAGGGAAGGACACCCUGUGUUAACCAGCAUCAAUCCCUCCCACUGCUACUCACGCUGCCCUCCAGAGUAUCACAGCCCAGGUCUUUAUCUGUUACCAGUUCAGGCUCUGCAUUCCGAGUGCUCUGCAGCAAGACUCCAGCCACCAGCUCCCCUUGGGAUGGGGGAACAACCAGCUACCAGGGACCACCAACGUUUCUGUGCAGGAUAUUGAGCCAUCACAGGGCUGGUUUCUCACCAUGGAGUGAACAAAGAAUCAUCACAGAUUUCCUCCAUCUCUCCUUCCCCACCACUGCAUGGCACACUGGGCAGGGAGAGCUUAUUAAGUAUGUAACAUACCCAAGCUGUAACACCCAGCAGUCCCUCCUGCCCCAGGAGAUGAGAGAGGCUCUCACCUGCUGCACAGUGCCUUGCAGUAUCGUGCUCAUGUGCUGUGGUCAUAGAGGUGCAGAGAGGAAUCCUGGUGAAGCGAGGCAGAGAGCUGCUCACCGGAGGGCAUACAGCUUGUCUGCUUUUUAAGGGAAGGGAGGUUGCAGCAGGAAGGGAUCGAUUAACAAGCAGAAGCAAAGCUGGACCCUUACCCAGCUCCUGGCAGGCAGGCGGGGCAUCCUCUGCCUGCUGCAGGGUAAGAGCAGGUCAGCUCUUGCUGUUCCCCUGCUCCAGGGUAGCACAACACUGCUGUUGCCUACAGCUCCUUGUGUCCUGUCCCAUUCCUCCUGGCUUACUGGAUGCCACCAGGCCUUGCUUUAAACCAGCCUGACAUCUGCAAUCCCGGGGGCUGGGUGGCACAGGCACCGGGCUGAGAGGUGGGAGAGCUGCAUCACCCACAGCCCCACAUCAGCACCUGCGCCCCCUCCCCACUGGGAGGAGCUGGCUAGUGGCACCAGGCUGUGCAGCCAGCACAGGCUGGAUGGGGAACAGCUGGACACCAGCUCCUGCCAGUGUCACUCCCACGAGGUGGCAGAGGUCGGUGGCUGUAUUGCCUUUAAAGGAAAGGCGUGUGUGUUCCCCUGUGCUCCCAUGAGGGCUGGGCUCUGUGGCCACGCAGGCAGGUCCUGGCUCAGCCCACCCUGUGCUGGCUGUGCCCUGACUCCAGGUAGAUGAAGUCAUUCCCAUAAGACCAAAACCAAGUCCCCAGGCUGGAGCAAGUUUCACUUUUUAACCAGUUUUACCUGUGUUUUUUCUGCUCACAGUGCUGGAAAUCAGGUUUGCUAAAGUCUUGUGUAAUUUAUGUAAAAUUGCUGCCAUAGAUGUUGAAUUCCCCCAGCAACAUCUUCAGUGUGUCCAGUGGCCUGAAAGGGACAUGGGAUUUUCGUACUGAGAACAAACCCUUUGCCUUCAUAAUUCUGCACAAAAGCUGCCCAAGGAGUGGGGUGCCAGAGCAGCAGGGGUGUAAUGGCAGGGCCUCCCCUCCCUCUGCCCAAGAGCAGCUCUGGGAAAGCAUAACCAUAGAGCAGUGAGAGCACACUGUGAUCCGGCUCGGCCAGAGGCAGGGAGCCACAGCCACUUACUGUCUCCCUGGGAGGACAAUUGUACAUCUCCGGUGAACACACAAAUUUGCUGCUGUUACAGAAAUGUCAAGCCUCUGCCGUGUGCCUGCUGCUGAAGAUGUUCACGCUCCCUCCUGCUCUCCCCGGAAUUCUGUGUUUUUAGCUGGCAACACCUGCCUAGAGCCGUAUCCAUUAAAAAUCCUUAAUAUAACACA